GCCAUUUUCUUCCCACUCUUCCGUCCAACCACGACGGCUUGUGUCGCUCUCCCGCGUCGCCUGCCCCCAACCCCCUUGACCCCUCCCCGGGGUCACCGGCGGGUGGCGCCAUCGGCGCCUCGCCACUGCCACCAAGGUUGAAAACGGCUGGGCUGGAGCAUCCGCUUCCCCGGAGACUUCUUCCACGCGUGUGGUUCGCUCCAGGCGUCGAACGCCUCGUCAAGAAAGGGAACUAGUUCGCGAGCGCUCGUUCUGAGCUCAGAGCAUUGGGGCCUCCAUGAACAAUUUGGGUUGCACGCUGCUCUCCCCUGCCACCCCCGAUUUCUCGCCAAAUCCUCGACGCUCUAAGCCCGCCUCCAAUGCCACGGCCCCGCGAUGCUGCACCGCGCCAUCGGGCGACGGCGCGCUCCGCGCCUUCCGCGCGCACCACCGCGCGGGGCGCGCCCUCGAUGCCAACCCCGCGCUGAUGCCCGCGCUCGUGGCGUGCGCGCGGCUGCCCUCCGCCGCGGCCGAGGCCGAGCAGAUGCACGCGCUCCUCGUCAAGUCCGGCGUCCCGCGGGCCGUCUCCGAUGUCCACGCCUCCACCUCCCUGGUCCGUGCCUACGCGCGGCUGGGCCGCGUGGGCGACGCGCGGAAGGUGUUUGAUGGAAUGCCGGACAGGACGGUGGUCACCUGGAACGUGCUUCUCGACGCGCUUGUCAGAGCCGGCGACUUAGACGCUGCCUGGGAGGUGUUUGUGGAAAUGACAGAGCGCAAUCUAGUAUCUUGGAACACUGUAAUCGCUGGUUUCGCAAGGCAUGGCUGGGCUCAGGAGGCAGUGGACUUGUUUGUCGAGAUGACUGCAAAUUAUGGUUUGGCGCCAGAUGAGGCCACGAUGGUUGGCUUCGUAUCGGCGGUUCGUGAUAUUGGUCUGCUUGGACUUGGGAGGAGCGCGCACGGGUAUGUUCUCCGGCGGCAGUUCUCACUGGACGGUGCUCUUGGUGUCACACUGAUCAACAUGUACACAAGGUGUGGGAGCAUGGUUGCUGCACACAGUUGCUUCUCAAGCGUCUCCAACAAGAAUGUGGAGCACUGGACCUCUGUGAUCGCGGGUUUUGCAGCACAUGGUCACCCAGAGAUGGCACUGACAUUGUUUCACGAGAUGAGGCAACUGGGCAUUGAGCCUAAUGGUGUCACCUUCAUAGCCGUCUUGAAUGCCUGCAGCCAUGGCGGGCUUGUUGAUGAAGGUUUCAAGUACUUCGGCCUAAUGAGGAGCGUGGGAAUCAUGCCAACGAUCCAACACUAUGGCUGCUUGGUUGAUCUCCUUGGACGUGCUGGGUUCUUGAAAGAGGCCUUCAGUCUUGCAAGCAAUCUUCCAGAAGAUCCGGGUUUUGUAAUCUGGAGCUCACUACUAGCAGCCUGCCGCAGCCAUGGCAAUGUCGAGAUGGCAGAGCUAGCUGCUUCAAAGUUGGCAGACGCAAAACCAAGUCAUGGCAGCUCGUAUGUGCUGUUAUCGAACACUUAUGCGCGAGCUAAACAAUGGAAGGAGUUGAAGAGGACGAGGAGGAGGAUGGAGGAGCAUGGAGUAACGAAGAAACCUGGGCUCAGCUGGAUCGAGGUGGAUGGAAAUGUACAUUCCUUUGCCACUGCAGACAAGUUGCAUACGGAAAGCGAAGGUCUUGAAUAGCGAGCGAGGAAGGAACUUUGGUUGUCAAUGAUGCACAUACAAUUACAAGAAGGAACAACUAUGAUAGGGUUUAAGAUAACAGUGUAAAGAAAUGAGAAGGGAUGAGAGAGAACCUUUGUAAUCUUUGUUGUCUGAUCCAAAAUUU